CAAGGCCCUUUAAGGCAGGGCUAAGGCUCGGCUGGCGGGCGUAGUUGUGCACGGACUAAGCCACCCGAUUAAGGCAAAGAAGCAGCUUCAGGCUUGCCCAGCGCAGGCUUCUGGGCACAGACCGGGGCCCCGGGGGGCGGCACGGGGCGUUCCCGGGCCCCGGGGCCCGGAGCAUGAGCCGAUGCGCGGAGAAGGUGGGGGAGGAGGAGGAAGAGGCGGUGGCGCUGAGCUGGAGGCCCCGGCAGCCGGGACCCCUUGGCCCGGGGGCCCCGACAUGACCUCGGUCCAGGAGUCCAGGCCGCUUCCUGCCGCUUCCAAUAAACCGCCGACGCCCUUCAGCAUAGCUGACAUCCUGGGUCCACCAGCCCGCCCGGCCCCAGCCCCAGCCCCCACGCCCACCCGGGACCCUACUUCGCCUCUCUGCGCUCUAGAAGAAUUGGCCAGUAAGACCUUCCGCAGGCUCGACGGCAGUGUCUUGCAGGCGACCGAAGGUCAGGCGGCACUGGAUCUGCUCAGCCCCAGGCCUGUGACCCGCAGGCGUCGGAAGUCGCGUACUGCGUUCACCGCGCAGCAGGUGCUGGAGCUGGAGAGGCGCUUUGUCUUCCAGAAGUACCUGGCUCCAGCUGAGAGGGACGGGCUGGCAGCUCGGCUGGGCCUGGCCAAUGCCCAGGUCAUCACUUGGUUCCAAAACCGCCGAGCCAAGCUCAAGAGAGAUGUGGAGGAGAUGAAGGCGGACGUGGCCUCCUUGCGUUCCCUGCCUCCCGCAGCUCUCCGCCGGCUGAGCCUCUCUCUGCCAGAAUCAGGCUCCAGCCCUUCCGCCGACCCGGACCCCAGCCCUGACCCUGGGCCCGAGCUUUCAGACGAGGAGAUCCAGGUGGAUGAUUGAAGAAAAAGUCUGGUGCUGGCUCUUGAGACCCGCGGACUCUAUCGUCAGACUCUAUCAAGACCCUUUUACCCACUGGGCUAGCUCAGAGGGUCCAGGUCCUUAAUAGACUUCUACUGCCCAGUUUUCAAACAUUCCCACACCGUUCUCCUUCCAUUCAUUGUCCUUCACCCCAGCCUCUGUACUAUCCCCAUUCUCUGGGGUCUUUCUGUCCCAGACUAACUGGAUCACCCAACCUCUUUUAUUCCUAUUGUGGUUUUGAGUUGGGGUGGGCUUGGGGGGGAAGAGGAGAAGCAUGAUUCUGCAUGGUUCAUCCUGCCAUUCCCCAUUGUCCCUGGCUCUCUCAGUUGUUGCACAAGUCUCCCUACUCCCCCUUUUUCCAGUCCUAGGGACUUACUUAGAGGUCCUAGACACAUCUAUGAAGUUAGUUUCUUUACUCCCCACUCCUGUGCUUCUGGGAUGUCCUGGGUUUCUCCCUUUUUUUUUUUUUACCGAGGAGUAUCAGAUAGCGUUCCUCUUUAUCCCAACGGCCUCCCCCGGCCCUGCGUCGUCUAUUCGCCCUCAUUUUUUCUAUCCUAGUCAGAGACAGACUUUAUACGGCCCAGUCUCCCCAAUCCCCCCUGUUCUAGGCUGAGGGAUCCCUCUGGCGCCAGACUCUGUCACUCCCACCUGGACUCCCUCCUUCUGAACCCUAGUGCCCUCUGGCCCCUAUAGACUUCACCUAUCCUGUCCCCUCUCUUCCUUUUAAGGACCCCUUCUAGAGCACAUUUGGUUUUCUGCGGUUAUGUCCUAAUCAGAUCCUAGUCUAUAUUCCUGCCUCUGGGCCGGAGGCUUCUCCCAGCAAUGGCUGUUGCUCAGGGGAUGGACAGUGAGACAGGGUCAACUGAGUUUUCUCUGCCUACUAUAGAUAUCUGGCAGUUUGUAGCCCCUUCCCCACUUCCACUCCCACCCACCCACCCCACCACCUCAGUCAGUGUGAAUAAAGAGGAUCCAAUGAGACAUUUCGAACUUUCCCUCCUGCAAGGGGAGAGGGUGGAAGCAGGCCAUAGAUGCUGGCAGAUUGUGUGCGUUUGGGCAACCUUAGGAUCCUUACCGAUUGAAGGCCUGAAAUACAGGAGGGAUCUGUUCCCCAUUACCUCUACCCCAACUGUUUUUUGUGAUAUGGAGCUGACCUCAAAAACUGCUCUCCUCCCUUACCGUACAGGAGCCAAAGAUCGUAUGAGAUUGGACUGUCAAGCCUCCGUAUUGAACCUACUAGGCCUAGAGGGCAUCUCCCCGAAUUCCUUUCUACAAACACCUCCCUCUGCCUGUCCCUGCCAACCCCCAUCCAAGACUUUAUUAUUAAUGACAACCUUGACCUAGAUCCAACCCCCUGAGAGACGUGGGAUGAUAGAAACUAAGGAGAGAAGACAGAGGAAAGGGCCAAAUUACACAGUACUGGAGGUUACACCCCUGGUCACAGAGCAACUUGCAACACACUCGGCAACAGACACACAAGCAGUAACGUCCACACUGCCAGCAACUGAGGCAGUAACACACUCUAAUUCGGGGACAAUAAAGGGUGUUUGUGGGACACAUUACCACUACCGCUUAGCGUAACUCACCCAGCGACAUACACUAACUGGCCUGGCACAUAGUAGACGUCUUGUAAAAUGCUCAUGAAAGUGAACUUCAUACAGGAAGACAGUAACAUUGGACACACAACACACGACAAGACAGCAACAACGGACAUACAACAAUAUGUGACACAACCCCACAACACCCUCAGUAACGCGGCAUACUCACGCCGUCGUAACGCACUACAUCGCACAACACA